AUGGCUACAACUUCAUUCAAGCGUGAUUUCACGCUAGUAUUGAAAGAAAUGUCGUUGUUGGACAAAUUACUCCCUAUAUUAAUCAUAUUAUCGAUUGUUGUUGGUAUAAUCAUCUCAGUGUAUGUACCACAAGCACAAUCAGUGUUUAACAACAUUAGUGAUAAUAAAUUAACUACAGUAUCAAUACCACUCACUAUAGGCCUCAUUAUAAUGAUGAUUCCACCAUUGUGCAAAAUUGAAUACGAACAAGUACUUGCUACAAAAUCUAACAAUAAGAGAAGUUUGUAUAUUAGUCAACACUGGCGUGAAAUUGUUAUAUCAUUAUUUAUAAAUUGGGUUGUGGGACCGUUGCUUAUGUUCGGUCUCGCAUGGGCUACCUUAUUUAAUGAAAAGGAGUAUCGUACUGGGAUAAUCAUGAUUGGUAUGGCUAGAUGUAUUGCCAUGGUACUUAUAUGGAAUCAGUUGGCUUUAGGGUCUAAUGAUCUUUGUGCAAUACUAGUCCUAAUUAAUAGUGUAUUGCAAAUCGUAUUGUAUGCACCAUAUCAAAUCCUACUUUGUUAUGUAAUCACGGGUGAAUCAAUUGACUUUGCAAACAAUUUGAAUAUAGACAGUCUAUUUGUGUUGGUGUUAAAGAAUAUCGGUGUAUUUUUAGGUAUUCCAUUGGCAUCAGGUGCUUUAAUUCGUGCUAUUGCAUUGUUGACAAUUGGUAAGGAAAAGUUUAACACGAAAGUUUUACCGUGGAUCAACCCAUGGGCAUUGAUUGGAUUAUUAUACACAAUAAUUGUUAUAUUCAUAUCCAAAAGUGACUCAUUUUUACAUGAGAUUGGUGCAAGUCUUAAAUGUUUUAUCCCGCUUUGCCUUUAUUUUAUAAUUAUGUGGUUUGGUACGUUUUUUGGGUUCCGGUACUAUUCAAAUUACACCAAUUAUGGUAAAUUAGUUAGGGAGUAUGAAAAAUCAACUGUGGAUGACAUGACAAAUACAAGAGCUACAACUGGUGAUGAAGAAGAAGAACUUAAUGAAUCUACAAAACUUCUUGUAAAAUGUGGCUGUGAAGAGAAGUUAACUCCUCAACAACAAGAGCAACAUGGUCGAGGUAAGUUACAAUGUAAUGCUGACUACUCAUCAACAGUGACGCAAGCAUUCACUGCAAGCUCCAAUAAUUUUGAAUUGAGCUUAGCGAUAGCUAUAGCAUUGUAUGGCGAAGGAAGCAAACAAGCUAUUGCUGCUGUGUAUGGGCCAUUGUUGGAGGUGCCUAUUCUAUUAUUGUUGACGUUUGUGGCACGGUAUUACAGAUUCAAACUUGUUUGGAGUGAUUGCUGA